UUUCAAAGAGAAUAUAAACACUAACGUCACUAUCACUAACGUUAUUGCGUUCGUCAAGAGGAGAUACAUAUUGCAGGUUUAUUGAUUUUCAGCUGAUUGAUAUUUGAUAAUGGAACCGAAUCCUGUAAUUAUUUCUGCUACAGCAAGACAGACAGCAUCGCUUAUAUUUUUACAUGGUCUCGGAGAUACUGGUCAUGGUUGGAUAAGUACUAUCGCUGCUAUCAGAGGACCCCAUGUUAAGGUGAUUUGCCCCACAGCGUCAACUAUGCCGGUGACGCUUAACGCGGGCUUUCGUAUGCCUUCUUGGUUUGAUUUGAGGACAUUGGAUGCUACAGCCCCAGAGGAUGAGGAGGGAAUUGUGAGAGCAACAAGUCUUGUACACGGAUUAAUUGCUGAUGAAGUGAAAUCUGGAAUUCCUCCCAACCGAGUUUUAUUAGGAGGAUUCUCGCAAGGUGGAGCUCUGGCUCUGCAUGCUGCUCUGACAUAUCAGGAACCCCUGGCCGGUGUGAUGUCACUAUCUUGCUGGCUGCCCAGACAUUCCCAUUUUCCUGGUGCUGUAAAAGCCCCAAAAGAAUUACCCAUAUUCCAAGCUCAUGGUGACUGUGAUCCAGUGGUGCCGUUUAAAUGGGGACAAAUGACGGCCUCAUUUUUAAAGACAUUCAUGAAGAACGUUGAAUUUACGUCAUACCAAGGAUUGACGCAUAGUUCUACAGAGGCGGAACUAAAGGACAUGAAAGCAUUUAUAGAGAGAACUUUACCCGCUGUUAAAUAAAAUAUUUUGGAGAUGAAGUACUUAUAGAUUUCUAUUUUUUUCGUAUCAUUAUUUCAUAAAUAAUGCAUUCAUAAGUUGUUGGAAGUAAAUAGCAAAAUUCUUAUUUUUUUAUCCCAUUUAUUCUUAUUUAUUUUUAUUUACCAAAUACUGUGUUUAAGAGUACCUAUGAAAUAAAGUAUAUUAACCUUU